AUGAGCGGAAAGCCAGCGACAGACUACGCGUCUUGGAAGAAGCUCCAGGAGAUUUAUGACGCCGAGCACACAAAGAUCGUUCUCAAGGACCUGUUUGCGCAGGAUCCAAAGCGAUUCGAAAAGCUUUCGAAGAAUUAUAACUCGACCAGCGGGCCUGAUGUCACCCUCCUUGUGGAUCUCUCAAAGCACCUGAUCACCGAGCCCAUUCUCCAGACGCUCAUCUCGCUCGCUCGGGAGGCGAAAGUGGAGGAAUACCGCGACAAGAUGUUCGCCGGCGAGCACAUCAACACCUCCGAGGACCGCGCCGUCCUGCACGUCGCCCUGCGCAACUUCAACGACUUCCAGAUCGCCGAGAGCGGGGCCGAUGAGGUUGGCGGUGUGCUCAAACACAUGAAGGAGUUCUCCGAGGCGGUCCGAAGCGGCGAGUGGAAGGGCUAUACAGGAAAGACGAUCAACACGAUUGUCAACAUCGGGAUUGGCGGGUCAGAUUUGGGUCCGGUCAUGGUCACGGAGGCGCUCAAGCCGUACGCGAAGCGCGAUCUAAAGGCGCACUUCGUGUCGAACAUCGACGGGACGCAUAUCGCGGAGACGCUGAGGGAGUGCGAUCCAGAACGCACGUUAUUCAUCAUCGCGAGCAAGACGUUCACCACGCAGGAGACGAUCACGAACGCAGAGACGGCCCGCGGGUGGUUCCUCCAGACGGCGAAGGACAAGGCGCAUGUCGCGAAGCACUUCGUCGCGCUCAGCACAAAUACCAAGGCUGUGACAGCCUUCGGCAUCGACGAGUCGAACAUGUUCCAGUUCUGGGACUGGGUUGGCGGACGCUACAGUCUCUGGAGCGCGAUCGGACUGUCAAUCGCCCUGGUCAUUGGUUAUGACAACUUCGAGGCACUGCUGAAGGGUGCCCAUGGAAUGGACAAGCACUUCAAGGAGACGCCUCUCGAAGAGAACUUACCUGUCCUCAUGGGUCUUAUUGGUCUCUGGUACAACGACUUCUACAGUGCCCAGACACUCGCACUUCUCCCCUACGACCAAUACCUACACAAAUUCGCCGACUAUUUCCAACAAGGCGACAUGGAGUCGAACGGCAAGUCAGUUACCAAAAACGGGCAGCGUGUCAACUACCAGACAGGGCCGAUCAUCUGGGGUGCCUCCGGCACGAACGGGCAGCACUCGUUCUACCAGCUCGUGCACCAGGGUACGAAGCUCAUCCCGGCCGACUUUAUCGCCCCAGCGACGACGCACAACCCCAUCGAGAACUCGAAGCAUCAUCGCAUCUUGCUCUCCAACUUCUUCGCGCAGCCAGAGGCGCUCGCGUUUGGAAAGACGGAGGCGGAGGUGCGGGAGGAACUUGGAGCGAAUGCGAACGAGGUGCUGGUGAAGAGUAAGGUGUUUGAAGGGAAUAGGCCGAGUACGAGCAUUAUGUUCCCGCUUUUGACGCCUGCGACGCUGGGGGCGCUUAUUGCGCUGUACGAGCACAAGAUCUUCGUGCAGGGUGUUAUCUGGGGCAUCAACUCUUUCGAUCAAAUGGGUGUCGAGCUCGGCAAGGUGCUUGCAAAGAAAAUCCUCGCCCAACUUGAGAAGCCUGAGGACGUCAAGGGUCAUGAUAGUUCUACCACUGGCCUCAUCCACUACUACCAGAAAUGGAGGAAGGAGUGA